AUGGGAUGGUGUUUCCAUUUUGUUUUGAUGCCAUCGGGAAUGAUCCCGAUGAUGUUGGUGACGUGUAUUAGAAUAGUUCUCGUUGUGGUAGAUUAUGAUACGGACGAGUCUACGAGGAGGAACGUUGAGGACGGAGGCUAUGUGCCGUCCGUCGAUCGCUACGCCCCUGGGCGUUCGGUCGCUGCAAGAAACAAGCAGCAAAUCAAUGCUGGAUAA